AUGCACCCAGGGACUACGGUGCCAAGUGAGGAGCGCCGCUUGCGUCUCGUCGAAAAACCUUUCUGCCUGUAUUGGUUCUACACCAUCCCAUCGCGGGACACUGCUUUGAAUCACUUGGUACUUACUUCUCUUUCUCUUGUGUUGUUCAAGUACGGAUCAGUCAAGUCCGCGUUGCUGGAUCGUGAUGAGCCGCUGCAAUGUUUCCGAAUGGUACUGUGCAAUAAUUACUGUGCAGCUGUGUCGGUGCGGUCUGUGAUGCGUUCGAAUCGUAGAGUGCAGAAAGCUCGGACCGCAACGGUGUCCUAG